AUGCUGCACCGCACAUUCUGCAUCUGUGCUGCGGCCACGGCCUUCCAUCACAACAAUAAUCAUAAUCAUAAUAAUAAUAAUAAUAACAACAGUAAUAAUCGUGCGGAGUCCCGCAGUAUCUCUGAGCGGGCGCUGCGGAUUCGUCGGCAGGAACUUUUCUACCGUCAACUCCGCCGGCUGAUUAUUCCCGGUUUUUUGGCGUACGGCCUGUUUGUGCUCCGCCCGCAUGAGGGGCACUUUGUGCGGUACCUCGCCGAGCGGCGCCACCACGAGGCCGCCUUCAACCGACUUUUUCCACCAACGCCCACCCCAACAACAGUGGAGGGAAACUCAAAGGAAGAGAAGGGGAAACAGAAAAGGGAAGAAGGAGGGUAUUUGAGCUCAUGGUGGCGUGGAAAUAAGAGUAAUAAUCAUAAUAAUAGUAAUAGUAAUAAAAAUGAAGAGGAAACGGAUGAGGCACGUUUGGCACGUAAACGUUUGUUGUUUGCGCGGGAGCGUUUAUAUUCGGCAGAGGAGGGAACGGAGAUGUUUCGUCCAAUUGAUGCGGCACAACGAGCAACGGAUUUGGCAUCUCAACAAGAACAUCCACCAAUGCAUGUACUUAGUGAAGAACUAUUACAACUAAUGCAGGAGUCUAAGGCGUAUGAGGCAAAUAAGGGAAUAAACACGGAUGAUAACAAUACGGCAUUAUCAACAGUAUCUACUUCUUCUUGUAUGCCUGUACGUUUGGAAUUUCAUGAUUGGUAUCUCUUUGCAACUGGUGCGGUGGUAUUCUCUGAUAGAUCUGGUACGACGGUAAAGCGUCUUCGGUUCAUUGGCUUUUGUGGGAUGAUAUGGAAAGAAUUGUAG